AUGAAUCAGAAACACGUUCCAGUCACUUCAACGCAACUACACACUUUCAACUGCGAGGUCUCAGGUGCGGCUCAGAAAGACAUUUACCAAAACGACAGCAAACAUCCCAUCGGCUUCAACACUCAACAUUCAAAACGCCAUGGCAGCCUUCCAUGGACCCUCAACCACUCCAUUAAGCGAGCUGAACUCCUCAGAGUCUGGCAAAGUCGUUUCAUCGAGCGAUUCGAGAGCGUGAAGCAGCUGACCGUGGGGAACCUCGCUGCACUGCAGGCUGGUUACAAUGACGUACAAUCUCAGCCUACAUCACCUCUAGACGGCGAGUUGCACCUCAGACCGUCUCCCGGUGCAACGGCAUCUCUCAUCAAACGUAAGCCGCUGCCAGAUACAGCGCAAAAAGCAAUCAUAGAGAUGAGAAAUGAGACCGAUGUAGAGUCGUUUGGAAACAGCGGAGAUGAAGCUUCCCAUCAAAACCACACACUUGCGCAUCCAACGCACGGCCGCAGGCCGUCUUUCCAUCGCACGAAUACCGUGUUCACGGAUUUCUUGCCUUACAACCAGGUGCGAACCUGGCAACAGGUUGAUAAUGAGGAAUAUCAAGACCGUUGUAGGCAUUCCUUAUCAGCUAUUGCGUUGGAUAGAAUGAAAAAGCUCAAUCUAGACCGCGAUACACUAUCGGCUCAAAGGAAGAAGACUGCAAAUCAGUUGAAGAAAGUGAUCGAACAGCACAUACUUGACAAGGAGAAGUCAAUUUCAUAG